AGGUCACCAAUCUCAAACUUAUCUGAUGCUGUGCAUACAGAGGGUCCACUGCUGACAGUUUUCAGUUGUUUCUGGAACAACAGAAAGUGCACUCAGUAGGAACAGAUUGAAUUCAAAAUGCUGAAGAGAAAACCGUCCAAUGUUUCAGAGAAGGAGAAGCACCAAAAACCAAAGCGCAGCAGCAGUUUUGGUAAUUUUGAUCGUUUCCGGAAUAUUUCUGUAUCAAAGCCAAUUGAUUCUACCGAGAAACAUGAAGGAGAACCCAUUAAUGAAAGUGGAGAACAAAAUAAAGCUUCAACUAAUGGAGGAGGUUUGGGUAAGAAAAUGAGAAAUAUUUCAUGGACAAUGAAGAAAAAAGUUGGUAAAAAAUACAUCAAAGCUCUUUCUGAGGAAAAGGAUGAAGAAGUGGGAGAUGAUACUCUUCCCUAUCGGAACAGUGACCCCAUGAUCGGGACCCACACGGAGAAGGUCUCCCUUAAAGCCAGUGAUUCUUUGGAUAGUCUCUACAGUGGGCAGAGUUCAUCAAGUGGAAUAACAACCUGUUCAGAUGGUACAAGUAACCGUGAUAGCUUCCGAUUGGAUGAUGACACCCCCUACUCAGGACCAUUCUGUGGCCGUGCCCGAGUGCACACGGACUUCACUCCGAGCCCCUAUGACACUGACUCCCUCAAAAUCAAGAAAGGAGACAUGAUAGAUAUCAUUUGCAAAACGCCAAUGGGGAUGUGGACAGGAAUGCUGAAUAACAAGGUGGGAAACUUCAAAUUUAUUUACGUGGAUGUCAUCUCAGAAGAGGAGGAAGCCCCCAAGAAAAUAAAGACCCACCGAAGGAGUAAAGUUGGAAAGCCGGAGACUUUGUUAGAGUUCCUAGAAAGGAUCCACCUCCAGGAAUAUAGUUCAACACUUCUGCUCAAUGGUUAUGAGACUCUAGAGGAUUUGAAGUAUAUCAAAGAGAGUCAUCUAAUUGAAUUGAACAUUGAAAACUCCGAAGACAGGAAGAGGUUCUUAUCAGCUGCUGAAAAUCUUCUUGAGGAAGAAACUAUUCAAGAGCAAGAAAAUACUCCAGUGCCCACAUCCUUAGGCUCCGACAUGUCCUUAAGUAAGUCACAGUUAGAUGACUGCCCACGGGACUCUGGUUGUUAUAUUUCUUCAGGAAAUUCAGAUAACGGCAAAGAAGAGCUGGAGUCUGAAAAUCUGCCUGAGAUGGUCCAGAAGAUUAGCAUCAAGGAGCCAACCAUCUAAAUAUACAUCCUAACAAUUUGGCUACAAUACAUUACAUUUUAACUUCUCUGUCAAAAGGCCAAGUAGGAGAAAAAGAGAACUAUUGGUAAUUACUACCUAAAGUUAAAUUAUUUUAAUCUGAGUGGUUGUACAUACAAGCUUACAUCUCUAAUUGUCCCAUUUAUUGUAAAUAAAAUGUAUAUAUUUAUAUUUUAAAUUCUGUAAGUUCCUAUUUUACACACCUAUUAGGAAAAGUAGAGUGUAAAUGUUUGACUGUGUGAUACAUACCUUAUUUGAUUUUAUUUCACAAGUGCAAAAUCAUAACAUUAGCAAAGAAAUCCCUCCUUAUUUCCUUAAUUUUGAAUUUAUACAUAUAAUUGAAUGAUUAGUGGUAGAAGGUGUUUCUGUUGAGUUAAUUUGCCCGAAAUUACAUCUAUACUCAUUUUGUACUUACAGGAAAAGAAGUUAAUACCAGAGAUACUGUAUCCUAAUCUUCAGCAAAUAUUUUUGCUGAUAUUCUUUACUAUGUUAUCCAAUAUAAUGUAUUGUUGAUCAAAUACUGUCAUUCUUAUUCAGAAAAACUGAUUUUAAUAAUUGUAUAGAUACUGUCUUCAAGUGUAAAUAUUUGUUAAUAAUAAAAAGCACUAUGUGUAUGCCA